AUGGCGAAGGAACUGCUAGAAGAGAUCACGGAACGUUUCCUGGUGUGUAGCGUGUGUCUUGAGGAGUACGACGAGCCGAAGAAGCUUCCGUGCACACACUGCUUCUGUCGGAAGUGUCUGGAGAACGUCUUGGAUUCUGCCAAGGAGGGUCGGAGGCGUACGCGUCUGUCCUGUCCUUCGUGUCGACAGGAGGCCAGGCUACCGGGGAGGGGUGUUCGGGACUUCGAGGAUAGUCACUUUCUGAGGAAACUUCAGAAAGUGGUGUCGACUCGAACAGCUAUGCUUGGGGACGCGGACAGGGCCUGCUGUGGACUGUGUCAAUGUAAGGAGGCCACGGCCACUGCGUACUGUAAGGGCUGCGAACAUUACCUCUGCAAGGACUGCUCCCACACGCACAGGGUCAUAUCUGACGCGGCGAGCGAACACGAGCUGCUGCAGGUGUCCGAGCUUACGGGGCAGAACUGCAAGGCUACCGACGCAACACCACCGACGUCUCGGUCUGAGAACAAACGGCAGGUACACCUGUUCCUGUGCGGGCCGUGCGAGUUACUGGUAUGCCUGCAUUGCGUAGUGACGUCUCACAGGGGUCACGCCUACGUGGAGAUCCGCGAGGCAAUUCAGCGGGAGAGAAGGCUCGCUCCCCGGCGGGACUGCUACCCUGGGUACGCGCUUAGGCGAAACGGAAGCUCCGGGGAGAGCAGCAACCUGGAUAUAAAGUUAGAGGAAAUGCACAGUGUUAUACAUUUGACUUCUAUGAGGAGAGAUGUAGUCUAA